GUACCUGAACCCACGAGUGUGUGGCACCUUUAUCUCCUUGUGGCCCGACGUGGCCCCACCCUGUCUGAAACCUGCAGGCCCCAUCUCCUUCCAGCAUGACGGUUGCUACCAGCGACCCCGCAGACGAAGCAGCAGCACAUCCGGGCCAGCCUCAUGACCAGUACGACCCAGAGCCAGAUCAUGAGUGCUGCGAGAGGGUUGUCAUCAACAUCUCAGGCUUGCGCUUUGAGACACAGCUUAAGACCCUCUCCCAGUUUCCAGAGACUCUGUUGGGGGAUCCCAAGAAAAGGAUGAGGUAUUUUGAUCCUCUCCGGAACGAAUACUUUUUUGACCGGAAUCGACCAAGUUUUGAUGCUAUUCUGUAUUAUUACCAAUCAGGAGGGAGGUUGCGCCGGCCUGUUAAUGUGACCCUGGACAUUUUUUCUGAGGAGAUCCGGUUUUAUGAAUUGGGUGAGGAGGCUAUGGAAAUCUUUAGGGAGGAUGAAGGUUUCAUAAAGGAAGAGGAGCGGCCUCUACCAGAGAAUGAGUUUCAGAGACAGGUGUGGCUGCUGUUUGAGUAUCCAGAGAGCUCAGGUCCUGCUCGCAUCAUUGCCAUCAUCUCUGUCAUGGUGAUUCUUAUCUCUAUUGUCAGCUUCUGUCUGGAGACACUGCCAGUUUUCCGAAACGAUGAUGAGGAGAUGUACAAUUAUCCAUUCCAGUCCACGUCUAACGCCACCUAUACCUACGAUGGCUCAACAUAUUUUACAGACCCUUUCUUCAUCGUGGAAACUCUCUGCAUCAUCUGGUUCUCUUUUGAGUUCCUAGUUAGGUUCUUUGCCUGUCCCAGUAAAGCUGGAUUUUUUGGCAACAUCAUGAACAUCAUUGAUAUUGUGGCCAUCAUCCCCUACUUCAUCACCCUGGGCACAGAACUAGCAGAGAGGCCAGAGGACAGCCAGGCAGGCCAGCAGGCUAUGUCUUUGGCUAUUCUCCGUGUCAUUCGUCUGGUCAGGGUCUUUCGUAUCUUUAAAUUGUCACGUCAUUCCAAGGGGCUGCAGAUCUUGGGACAGACUCUGAAGGCGAGUAUGCGUGAGCUUGGCCUCCUCAUAUUCUUCCUGUUUAUCGGUGUGAUCCUCUUCUCCAGUGCUGUCUACUUCGCCGAAGCAGAUGAGCCACAUUCCCAGUUCAGCAGCAUCCCUGAGGCGUUUUGGUGGGCAGUGGUUUCCAUGACCACCGUGGGCUACGGAGACAUGGUACCAACAACAAUUGGAGGAAAGAUUGUGGGAUCUCUAUGCGCAAUUGCCGGUGUGCUGACUAUUGCCCUGCCUGUACCUGUCAUUGUGUCAAACUUCAACUACUUCUACCACAGAGAGACAGAGGGUGAGGAACAGGCACAGUAUCUGAAUAUCCCAAGUGUGCCUAAAGCCAGCUCAGCUGACGAUCUAAAGAAGAGUGGUCGGAGCGGCAGUGGAUCCACUCUCAGUAAAUCUGACUAUGUGGAGAUCCAGGAGGCUGUGAACCACAGCACUGAGGACUUCAGACCAGAGGGCAUGAAAACAGGAAACUGCACCCUGGCCAACACUAACUAUGUAAACAUCACUAAGAUGCGUACAGAUGUAUAAUGUGAGCUACUAUAGAUGGUUAACUUUAGCUGGAGUCUACAGGGACAGUAACGGGGAGGAUGAAGGUUUACUCCCUGUAUCGACAAACAUAUGGCACACAGUAGAGUCCAGAGCAGAUGAGUGAGAUUAACUUGGAGAAAAGGUCAGUAGUGAGGACCUCAUCUCCCGCAUCCUAUGGCGCAUAUCAUAGAACUGCCACCUGUCUUAUUUAGGACAUUGUCAGUGUCUGCAUGGAGUUAGUCUUACCUAUGUGACAGUAGUCAUCCUGCUCGCAACAGUAGCCAAAUAGUAGCCUAACCAGUAAUAAUCAAUAUUAACAGCGCAAAGGGAACAAUAGUGUCUACCUUCUUGCUCAAACUGCCCCGGGAGAAGUUGCAUGACAAUAAUAAUUUAGAUGAGCGUAACCUUUAUUUUUAAAUGUAACUUAACAUAAUUACUUCUGAUUAAAAAUAGGCCAUUCAAUCAGCAUUCAGGAACAACUUUUAUCUGCUGCUCUAACUGCCACGGUCCUGAAAAAAACAAGAUCACCAACAUCACUGCUCUGUCAUGGGUGAAUUGAGCAAUGGAGAGCAAGCGAUACUAAUAUGCUUUUGGCCAAAUGGUCAUUUGUGGCUUUCUCUGUCAGAGAUGAAGCCUGAGUGCACUCGCGUCCCUCCCCAGGCCCUCACUAGAUAUUGUCUAGUACAAACUAGUGGCCUGUGUAGAGACCAACAGAUGACAGUGCUGUGCUGUAAUUCUGGACCACAAUAGCACAGUAUCUUCUUUUUCCUGCCAUUUUUUCCUUGAUUAAGUGGAUUUACAGUACUCUCGCGAUGACUCUGCCUUUUUUUUGUUUCCAGCCAAUGGAGGCUAGCAGGUGAACAGAAGAAAUGUCUCACUAAACAGAGUGAAUGUCUUCUUUAUUUAUUGGUUUGUCCAUUUGGUUUGUUAAAAUAUAUGUUUUUUUAGUAAUAUGAUGAAUGUGUGCUUCUCCUACAUUUGGUUAAAAGACAUGAUGUAGAAAGAAACAUAGUGAAUAUAUUCUCUGUAGUGUUCUGAGUGAGUGCCUAUUUCUCCAUCUUCUUAACUGCACCUUUAAGUGUCUCUUUAGGUCCAAGUGUUCUGUUUGAAACCACUGCCCAGCAUAAAUGUUGCUGUUCUUGACUUCAUAGCAUUCCAUGUUUGUAGAAAUAGACAAAAUGAGAUUAAGGAGCAAACUAAAGUGAGAUUUUAGUUUGUUGUUUUUGUCAGAAUCGAAUUUCAAUACAGUUACAGCAGGAAAAGUUAACUAGUUUUAUGUAUAAUUCAUCAAGGCUUUUUAUGUUAUGGAUUAAAAACAUUUCAAAUGACAGUUUUUCUAAAGUCCCUCUACCAAAGAAAGAGCUCAGUUAUCAACAAAAAAUAAUUCAUGACACCUUUAAGGUGCAUCUAUUGUCAUACCAGCAAUGCCAACUUUGUAUUAUUCAUUCUUGCUGGAUAGGGGUAAGAAGUAAUGUCAGCGUUUAAGUC